GGGUCUGGGCUGGGGGUGCCCUCCCAGCGCCCCGGCCUUUCUCUGCGGGGUCCCCCACCCACCUCCUGCGGCCCCUCCCACUCCGCUCUCCCGGCUCCUGACAUCACGCCCCGGGGAGGCGGGAUCGGAGACAGAGGGGGACGUGGGGAGGAGGCUCCGCGCCGCCAAGAGGGAGGAGGAGGGAGGGCGCGCAGUCCCAGCUCAGAGCUUCCAAACAGCCCCGCGGCCUCGCCUCGCGCCCCAGCCCGUCGGUCGUUCCCGCCGCCAGCGCCCGCACACCACCUGCUCUCUCCGGGCUUUCCACGCGCCCCUCGCCCGCCCGCGCCCUGUGAAAAUGCUGGUGCUCCUGGCUUUCAUCAUCAUCUUCCACAUCACCUCCGCGGCCUUGCUCUUCAUCGCCACCAUCGACAAUGCCUGGUGGGUAGGAGACGGGUUUUUUGCAGAUGUCUGGAAAAUCUGCACCACAGAGAAUAUCACCAAUUGUACAGACAUCGACGACAGCUUUUCCCAUUACUCCACGAUGCAGGCGGUCCAGGCCAGCAUGAUCCUGUCCACCAUUCUCUGCUGCAUUGCCUUCUUCAUCUUCCUGCUCCAGCUCUUCCGCCUCAAGCAGGGAGAGAGGUUUGUCUUAACCUCCAUCAUCCAGCUCAUGUCGUGCCUGUGCGUCAUGAUUGCAGCUUCCAUCUACACAGACCGACGCCAAGACAUUCACCACGGAAACAUGGGGUUCUAUCUUCAGGCCGCAGAAGGCUCGUACGGCUACUCCUUCAUCCUGGCCUGGGUGGCCUUCGCCUUCACCUUCAUCAGCGGCCUCAUGUACCUGAUCCUGAGGAAGCGCAAAUAGACCGCCAACGCUCCAUUGCUCUCACGCAGUACAGAAUCUACAUCCAGAUAACCGUUUUGUAUAUAAUCCGUUUUGUGUGAUUUUUGUUGUUGUUUUUUGUUUUGUUUUGUGGGUUUUUUUAGCAAACAUAUUGUUUCCUUUAAAAGCCA